UUGCGUAAACCAUAGACAUGCAUAUGUAUGUACGCUCUAUGGUGAAAACUGUAAACUAAGAUGGCGCUGCCCGUGAGGACAAGCAUGAAACGGCUUUUAGGCUCCAUUCAAAGAUGUACAGCGACUAAAAGUUUAUGUACCGAAGGGAAAGACACAGAAAAUAAAGUGAGUUGUGGGGGGCGGGUCUUCUCUGGGAUACAGCCCACAGGUGUGCCUCACCUGGGGAAUUACCUGGGCGCUCUGGAGAGCUGGGUGGGGCUGCAGGGCAGCUUCAGCUCGGUGCUGUACAGCAUCGUGGAUCUGCACGCCAUCACCGUCCCUCAGGACCCCGCCCUGCUCAGAGAGAACAUCCUGGACAUGGCCGCCAGUCUGCUGGCCUGCGGCAUUAGCCCCGCCCACUCCAUCAUAUUCCAGCAGUCACAGGUAUCGGAACAUGCCGAGCUCUCCUGGAUCCUGGGCUGUUUGACCAGCAUGCCCCGCCUCCGGCACUUGCCGCAGUGGAAGAUGAAAAGUAAAGACAAGAAAGAGGGCAGCGUGGGAUUGUUCACAUACCCAGUCCUCCAGGCAGCUGAUAUCCUCUUGUACAGGUCGACUCAUGUCCCUGUGGGGGAGGACCAGGUGCAGCACCUGGAGCUGGCCCAAGACGUGGCCCGAAUCUUCAACAACCAGUAUGGAGAGCUGUUCCCCAUCCCCCAAGCCCUGCUCAGUGCCUCUCGCAGGGUUAAAUCUCUCCGGGACCCCGCCUCCAAAAUGUCCAAGUCUGACCCCCAGCGGCUGGCCACGGUGCGCCUGACGGACUCGCCGGACGACAUCGUGCUCAAGUUCCGCAAGGCGGUGACGGACUUCACCUCCGAGGUGACCUUUGACCCCGAGCGGCGGCCGGGCGUGUCCAACCUGGUGGCGAUCCAUGCGGCGGUGUCGGGGCUGACGGCGGAGGAGGCCGUGCGUUCCGCGCGCAGGAUGGACACCGCGCAGUACAAGCUGCUCGUCGCCGACGCGGUCGUCCACAAGGUGGCGCCGAUCCGGGCGGAGAUCGCGCGGCUGCGUGCGGACAGGGGUCAUCUGGAGGGCGUUCUGACCCGCGGCGCCCAGCAGGCCCGAGAUCUGGCCGCUCCGCUGCUGGCCGAGGUCCGGAGGCGGCUCGGGUUCUGCUGAGCCCACAGAACCCCGGCUCGGGUUCUACUGAGCCCACAGAACCCCGGCUCGGGUUCUACUGAGCCCGCAGAACCCCGGCUCGGGUUCUACUGAGCCCGCAGAACCCCGGCUCGGGUUCUACUGAGACCACAGAACCCCGGCUCGGGUUCUACUGAGACCACAGAACCGGCUCGGGUUCUACUGAGCCUGCAGAACCCCGGCUCGGGUUACGAAGGAGAGUGAACCAGAGGAAGAGGGAGGUGGUGUAAAAAGUGUGUGAAUGAAAGAGUGAGCAGGAGCAGGUAAAGAGGGGCAGGAUGAAAUAACAGGAGACAGAACACCUGAAGUGCAGGUGAGUAUGUGUGGAUCGGAACAGCUGUGAGGUCCAGUACUCUCUCACAGUUUUACACUCUGUCCAGGUACACAGCUGCCAAGCCACUGGUGAAUCCCGUUUGAACAUCUGCAUGGGUUCACAGGCACAGCAUUGAACCUGAGACUCAAACCUGCAACCUCCUGAUUACCUGUCUGGUUCUGUACUGUACCUGUCAUGCACUGCAGCAGAGUGCACGCCCUUUUUACGCACAUGGGUGUGUGCUGCUUCUCUGUGGAAAAGUGAAAUCACACCCUGCUGCUGUAGCACUUGCAGAGUGUUUAUAUUCUUUGGGCUCACAGAAGGGCUGUCUGUGUGUUUCAGUUUGACUGUACUGUGGAUAUUUUUAUGUCCGUUUCAUUUAUGGACAAAAAAAAUUACACUGCACAUGGGUCUUGCAGAGAGUCUAUUUGUGUGUUUGUGUGUGGGUGUAUGAUUGUGUGUGUGGGUGUGCUUGUGUGUGAGUGUGGGGGUGUGUGGGUGUAUGAGUGUGUGUGUGGGUGUGCUUGUGUGUGAGUGUGAGUGUGUGGGUGUAUGAGUGUGUGUGUGGGUGUGCGUGUGUGAGUGUGUGUGAGUGUGUGAGUGUGGGGGUGUGGGUUUGUGGGUGUCUUUUUAAAGAUGUGAGUCUAGACAUGCUGGUGACCGGGAGCAGCUCAGGGCUUAAUAAAUUCUGGGUCCAUAUUUCCCCGCAUGGAGAGCACAGGAUCUCUACAGAAACAGGCAUAUUACUGUGCCUACGUCAUUCAGUACGUAUUUGUUUUAUAUGUACAUGUUUUUUAUUUAUUUAUUUGUUUUACUGGAAGAAAUAAUAAAUAGCAUAUUCUGUAUAAAAA